CAAAGACGGAAGAAAACAGCGAGAAAUGUCUCGUUCUUCGUGUCUGAAAUAUUGGAGGCGGAAGGCAUUUCUCGCCGCCAGCAGCAUCAGCAGGGAUUGUUAGGCCACGAGGGAGGCGAGGAACUUGAUAAAGAGUGUUAUGGCUAGUGAAACGGCGACUUCAACUGCCAUCAUGGAUGACAUACAUUUGAAAGCAACAUAUCAUGGUAACUCAGUGGAAUGCAUCGAUACGAAGGAUGAGAUUGUGGAGGCCAUCAGUCAGAAUCAUUUCCAGGGUAUCGAUGAGGAAAUUAAUGAGGUACAUGAGAGUGCUAUCUAUAUAAAGACUGAAGAUUCAGAUAGUGUUAAAAGUGAGAGACCAGUGCUCGAAGAAGUCCAAAGUCUUGGCAAAGAAGCAGUUGAUGAAUGUGGCUUGGACGUUUUGGUGUGUGAAGAUGUAGAUCCAUUGUUAUCUAAGGAUUGUGAGAGUAAGUGCUCAUCAGAGGGUGUUCAGGAAAGACAAGAGGCAACACAAGAGGUGGAUGCGCUUGAGAAACAUUUCCCUUGUGAAAU